AUGCCGAGGACCGCUGUCUUCACUACCAUAACGCCGUUGCCGGCUGGCAUCACAAGGAAGAGUGUGCUGGACAUGUACCGCGAUCAUCUGGCCAUGAUAGACCUGAACCCAUUAGUCGUGGAACGAUUCAAGUGCAGGCCACCUAGCUAUGCGCCAACCGACGAGUACUGGUCUACGUGGUAUACCAUCAAAGACAAGGUCUCAUAUCUACCUGGCGGCCUGGCAACAGGUUCUGUAUCAUACCACGCUUGCUUCAACGACACAGCCGAAGGUCUUUCAACACACGUAUACGCGCCACUCGGUCUGGACAUCCAAGGGAAGUGGACUGUAGGAGGAAGACUGCCUGGCGAACCAAAGCCCCCAGCUGAACCUGGCCUCAAGACACCAAGACAUGGACUGUAUAUUCGGGAAGAUGUCAAGAUGACGUGUUCAUCACUUCUACUAAGCUUUGUUAAGAGGACUUUCAAAGACUCGCAUGGAAAGCUUGUUGACAAGCUGGUCGAGAGAGCGCACAUCCUGGAGUCGAACUUUGCGAACGAAAGACUACAAGCACUCCGAAACGUCGCUCCAGGGGAGCGAAUGGGGCACGGAGACAUCUUCAUCGCACCACCACCCGACUACGACUACCAGCCUUCUCCGAAAUAUCUUCAGGUUCCUUCGCCUCGCUUUGUGUCGCAUUCGAGAAGUCAAAGCGACCCAGUGCUGUCUCCUGGCUUUUCCUCUUCUUCGACACUCAACGACCCCAACGAUAGCCCCUUCAACCAAAAAGAUCGACCGACAUCUUUUACGUUUGUACGCGAAGAGAAGGACGUCUCAUCCUCCGCCCCCGAGGCAGGCUCUUUUCUGCUACCAGCUACGACAUACGACGGCGGGUUCUCACAACGACGUGAGCGAUCGGUAUCCUUGUAUCCUGGCAGCUCGUCGGACCAGCACCUCGAGCGCAUAAACUCUGAGCGCAUGAUCUCUCUGCUACCACUCAGCCCAACAACUCCGGCACCCCCACAAGAUUGGAGCGCGCCAGAGCAGCACGCGCCAAGAAUCUCAUAUACCCCUGAAGAGCGACCCAUCUCCUUCACUUUCCCUUUCGAUCCAAAGCACCCUUUUGAUCGCAAGUCGACUUCCGAGACGUCACAAUCGGAGCAACAAAACCUUCUCGACGACAUUGAUGACGCCAUUGACGAAUUCAUGUAUACACUACCUGCUACCACAUAUAACACGCUACUGCCAGCGACCACCUACUCCCCCGAGCCGACUCCCGAGCCAACACUAUCAAGCGCAACGUACACACCAGAGCCGAUGCUGUCGAGCGCGACCUACACUCCAGAGCCAAUAUUAUCGAGUGCGACCUACGACCCAAGGCAUGAGCGAAAGGACUCUGUCAUGCCAUCCCAGUCCUACGCCGACGAACGACCACCUGUGCCUCUGAAAGACGACAAAUACAGGAAAGGUAGCUUGAGGGGCUAG